AUGACAUUCUGGAAAAAGAACCGGAAACUGGGGGAACGCUGCUCAUUUAGCUCCAGCAAAUUGGUGGAGACCGAAGUGAACAGUCUACAAGCAGCUAUGGCACUGUUUGGUGUGGACGAACCCUCGUUGACACCUUGUCACAUGCCUCCAUCACAACGACUAACACCAGUAUUCCGAUCAAGGAGGUCCCGAAGCCAAUCAAGGGAUCGUCGGCGUUCUCGAAGCAAAGCCUGGAAAAGCCGCAGCAGAAGCCGGCGAAAGAGCCGCAGUCGUAGCAGGCAGAAGAGCCGCAGCAAGUCCAGGGAGCGGAGCCGCUCUCGACGCCGCGAGACCAAAAGGAGCCGAUCGAAAUCCAGAGGUCAAAGCCGCUCGAAGUCGAGGGAGCGCAGUCCGUCAAAGCAUUGCAGCCGCUCCAACUCCAAGGACCGCAGCCAGAGCAGGCACCGUAGCCGCUCAAAGUCCGAAGAGCGAAGCCGAAGCAAGCACCGUAGUCGCUCCAAGUCCAAAGAACGCAGCCGAAGCAAGAAGCACAGCGAGUCCAAGGAGCGGAGCUCCAGCAAGCACCGGAGCCGUUGCAGGUCCAAGGAGAGGAGCAGAAGCAAGUCUCACAGAAGCCGCAGCCGAAGUCGCAAAGAGAGCGAGCCACGGAAUAGAAGCCACAGUCCGGUGGUGAACGGAGACUCCCGUAUGCGCAGUGCAUCCCGCAGCCCACGAGAGGAGGGCCGAGAGGACUCGCGGUCCCGUUCAUGGUCGCGCAGUCCGAGGAAGAGAGGCAGCCCAGCGCAGGGAGGGUCUGAUGAGGCUGGCAGGGAGAAGUCCAGAAGCAGGGACCGGUCGCGGUCCUAG